AUGAGGACAGGAUCGUGGCGAACCGUGUCGCUCCUCUUAUUAUGCCUCUUAUUGGCCCUCGUCAAUUGCCAGAAGGUCGCACUGGAGCAACAGGAUCCAUCUCAUCCCGACGUGACGCCGCAUAUUCCUAAAGGCCAACAUGGCUCGACACACGACAAGCUGCCGCCACAUGAGCUGAGUGAAGCCGUCAAGGACGCUCUGAAGGCUCUACGCAAGAUACGUCCUGCAACCAGUCGCCUCGCACGCCUUAGCAAGCCAUCGGGCGUUGUGGGCACCACGAUCCACUACGCCAAAGAGUUGUUUGUCCUCCUCUUCAUGAACCAGCCCGGCCAGAAAGACCUCCUCACCACCGACGAUACUCCUCCACCUCUUACUCCCGCUCUGUCUCACGCUGUCACCCUACUCCAACAUGCGGCCGAACAACAGGAUGUCGAUGCCUUGUGGCUGUUGGCAGAAAUGAACUUCUACGGCAACUUCACCUAUCCGAGGAACUACUCGCGCGCCUUCGAAUACUACCAGACCGUGGCGUACUUGAACGGCAACAGUUCUGCCCAAUACAUGCUAGGUUUCAUGUACGCCACUGGCAUUGGAAACGCCGUUCCGCAAGAUCAGGCCAGAGCUCUUCUAUACCAUACCUUUGCUGCUGAGCAGGGCGACAUUCGCUCUCAGAUGACUCUGGCAUACCGUCAUCAUUCUGGAAUCGCUACUCCAAGGGAUUGUGAAGAGUCGGUACAUUGGUACAGGUUGGUCGCAAAACAGGCCGUUGACUUUUACAAGUCCGGCCCCCCUGGUGGCCACUCGUUGGUGAAGAACGCUUUCCGUUUGGUCGAUGAAGAUGGAGGAAUCUAUGGUGAAGGAGCUAGCGUGAGCAGCUCGGGCCCAAACGCAAAGACUGGAGGGCCAACAUCAGAUGCGUAUGCCGAUCUGGACGACGUUCUUGAAUUCCUCGACUUCCAAUCAAGAAAGGGCGACCUCAAGGCCACCUUCAACCUUGCUAGAAUCUACUACGAUGGCUCGAGGGGACUGGCUCGCAACUUCCCCGAGGCAAAGGACCAUUUCAUGCAGGUCGCUAGACUAUACUGGACCACUUCUGGAAAGGUCAAGUCCGACGUUUCACCUGCUGUUGAGAAGCUAGCUCCAAAGGCUGCUGGCUACCUGGGUAGAAUGUUCUUGCGUGGAGAAGGUACAGAACAGAGCUACACCAAGGCUAAGAUUUGGUUCACUCGUGGUAUUGAGCAUGGUGAUGCACUGUCACAGUACUCCAUGGGAGUCAUGUACAUGGAAGGACUGGGCGUCCCUCAGAACUCUGUCAAGGCUGCCGACUACUUUUCUCCCGCUGCUGAUCAAGACCUUGCGGUUGCUCAAACGAACUUGGGCAUUCUAUUUAUGGAUCAAGGCGAUAUCCACACUGCGAGAAGUUACUUCGACCUGGCUGCUCGCAACAGCCAUAUCGAGGCCUUCUACUAUCUGGCCGAGUUGAGCGACCAGGGUGUGGGUCGUGACCGUUCUUGUGGUGUGGCUUCCGUCUAUUACAAGAUAGCUGCGGAAAAGGCAGAGGUUAUCCACUCGUCAUUCAUCGAGGCAAACGAAGCUUACGAUCGCGGUGAUCUCGAGACUGCAAUCAUCGCCUACAUGAUGGCUGCCGAGCAAGGCUACGAAACCGCACAAGCCAAUGUCGGAUAUCUCCUUGAUCAUACGCGCCCACGCUACUCGCUCCCGUCCAUCUUCCCAUUCCUACGCCGCCGCGUUGACGCAGUCAGCGAUGCGGCUCUUGCUCUGAUCUACUGGACUCGCUCAGCUAGGCAGUCAAACACUGACGCGCUGGUCAAGAUGGGCGACUACUAUCUUGAUGGCAUUGGUACUACAGCUUCGCCUGAGACCGCUGCUAUGUGUUAUCAAGCCGCUGCCGAAGGAAUGGCAAGUGCGCAGGCCAUGUGGAAUCUUGGUUGGAUGCAUGAAAAUGGCAUUGGAAUUGAGCAAGACUUCCACCUAGCCAAACGUUUCUACGACCAAGCACUUGGAACAAACGCCGAGGCUUAUCUGCCCGCAAAGUUGAGUCUUGCAAAGCUGAGGCUGCGCAGUUGGUGGAAUGGCGUCAGUGGUGGCAGUGUCAAUUCUAUCAGAGAUGAGCCUUCAACAAAGCCUAGCCGCUCUCUUAGCCAAUGGCUCAACGACUUCCUCGAAGCUGACGCAGCAUACUACGCCGACCACUUUGAAGCCGAUGACUGGGACGACGCACACAAUCACAUGCCCGGUGGUGACGACUUCUACGACGACGCUACGGAUAUCGACGAUGGCUUCGUGGAGAUGUUUAUGAUCGUCGGCCUUGCUGCCAUGCUAGCGUUUUUGGUCUACUAUCGCCAGCAGCGACAGCAGGAAGCUAGACGCAGAGCAGAGCAGCAAGGGGCAGAGCCAGCAGGUGAUGCGAAUGCGAUUCCUCCUCAGCAACAACAAGAUCAAGGAUUCUUCCCACCACCAGGAAAUCCAGAGUUUGCUAAUUGGGUUGCUGGCGGUGUGGGACAUUAG